UGAAAUACUAAUCAAAUGCUGAGUAAUGGUGCGAGAAAUACUCAAAUUCACGCCACUUUCUCGUGCCAAACUGGAAUGUUAAUGAUGUUGUCUUUACUUGUUAUUUCACGAUCUGUGGGUUCAAGAUUAAAUUUUAAUCAAGUUGUUCAACAUAUUCACAAUGUACAAUUUUCUAGUGCUGCACCGCAUGAAGUCAUAGUAAAGGGUGCCAUUGCAAAACGAAUUCCAAAAUUUGUCAAUUUAGAAAAAGAUAAAACAUAUUCUUGGUGUGCCUGUGGCUUGAGUAAAAAGCAGCCAUUUUGUGAUGGUUCACAUAAAAAUGAUCCAAAGGAGCUAAAACCUGUUCGUUUUAAUCCUCCAAAAAGUGGUCGAUUUCUCUUAUGCCGUUGCAAGCAGACAAACAAUCGUCCGUAUUGUGAUUUGACUCAUAUUAAAACAUUUAUUCCUGAAGGUGUAAGGAAGGCACUGAAUAUUAAGCUGUGAAAAUGCUGCUACAUAUGUUGUAAAAUGUUUGAAAUGAUAAUUAAAAUUUAUUUCUUCUUGUUAUUUCCUUCCUUCUUGUUAUUAUAAUUAGUUAAUUGUUAUGUAGAACUUGAUCAUUUAAUCAUGGUAUUUUCUUAAAUAAAUCUCACUGAAAACUGUUA